ACCUUAAAAACAGGGUAAUCCCGGCUGGUCCCUCCCUCUCUCGCGGUCUCCAGCACCAGUUCACUUCCCUCUCUCAGUUCCCCCAGCUCGCCAGGAAAAGACGCUGCUGACCCGGACUUUGGGUCUUUUCUCUGGUCCCUGUUUGCAUGUGUCGGACCCCUCCAGUCCCACCCACCGCUCUGCAAACACCAACACACCACCAGUUACUGGAUCUGCUGUUCGCUGCCAGAGCUUUUACCCUCCAGGAGAGAGAAUUGUAUUUCUUCCUUUGUGCCGGAUUGAUUUCUGACUGAAUCUGGAUUUGUUUUGCUUCCUCUAACCGCUGCAGGACCAGAGCUGAUGCUUCCACAAUUACUGUCAAAGAAACUGGUUUAAACGUCGGAACAAAGGGACGCUGAAGAUCUUUUCCUCCACCACCAACACCACCCGGUGUGUCAAUCAUUUCACCACUGCAGUUGUCAAGUUGGAGCCCUGCUGGGAAAUGGACAAACCCCUCUAAACUGAAGACGCUGCUCUGCCUCACAAACAGCCACAGCGGGACGUGAUUUGGACGAGGAUCCCCGAGUGGAGUUUAGAUCGCCGGGUCCAUUUGUUUUGAAGAGGAAAAGAAGUCUGCGGAUAAUCUGGCUCCCGGUGAAAAACUCCUGAACAUCUGGAUCUUAAGUUAUGAGAGGAAAAAGCCACAAGAACAUGUUUACCCCCCUGUUUCCAUGGUAACCCGAGAGGAGCAUGCACGUCGGGGUCAGGAGUUAACCUCAGCGCUCAUCUCCGCCUCCCUCCAGUGAGAACUACACUACCCACGAUUCUUGUGAACUGACGACCCCAGUGUGACGUGUAGAUCAGUUUAAGAAAGACACUCAGAGGGUCAAAAACUAAAACAACACGACGACAAAAACAACAACAACAACAACACUGCUGUGAAGAAGACCAACAUGGCCAACAACACGGCGGACCACCCUCCGGGGAACUCGGUUGCAGAGGGCAACCAUGACGGGGACUUUGGGGUGACCGUGACGGAUCUGAGGUCCCUGAUGGAGCUGCGGAGCGCAGAGGCCGUCAACAAGAUACAGGACACGUACGGAGACGUGCAGGGCAUCUGCCGCCGUCUCAAAACAUCGCCGAUAGAAGGUCUGUCUGGUAACCCCGUUGAUUUGGAGAAACGUCACACGGCGUUCGGCAAGAACUUCAUCCCCCCUAAGAAGGCCAAGACGUUCCUGCAGCUGGUGUGGGAGGCUCUGCAGGACGUGACGCUUAUCAUUCUGGAAAUCGCUGCCAUCAUCUCGCUUGGCCUGUCCUUCUACCAUCCACCAGGGGGCGACAGUGAAGCAUGUGGGGAGGGCGGAGGCGGCGUGGAGGACGAGGGCGAGGCCCAGGCUGGCUGGAUCGAGGGCGCCGCCAUCCUGUUCUCGGUCAUCAUUGUGGUCCUGGUGACGGCCUUCAACGACUGGUCCAAGGAGAAGCAGUUCCGCGGGCUUCAGAGUCGCAUCGAGCAGGAACAAAAGUUCACCGUCAUCCGCAAAGGCCAGGUCAUCCAGAUCCCCGUGGCUGAGAUCGUGGUGGGAGACAUCGCUCAGAUCAAAUACGGAGACCUGCUGCCUGCUGACGGCAUCCUGAUCCAAGGAAACGACCUGAAGAUCGAUGAGAGCUCUCUGACCGGAGAGUCCGAUCAAGUCCGGAAAUCUCUUGAGAAGGACCCCAUGCUGCUGUCCGGGACCCAUGUAAUGGAGGGAUCAGGCAGGAUGGUGGUGUCAGCCGUCGGCCUUAACUCUCAAACCGGUAUCAUCUUUACUCUGCUGGGCGCUGGCGAGAACGACGAAGAGAAGAAGGUCAAGAAAAGUAAAAAACAAGGACCCCCCGAAAAUCGCAACAAAGCCAAAACCCAGGACGGCAUCGCCCUGGAGAUCCAGCCGCUGAAGAGCGAGGAGGCCGCCGAGUCGGAGGAGAAGGAGGAGAAAGAGGAGGCCAAACCGGUGAAGAAGGUCAACGUGACCAAGAAGGAGAAGUCGGUGCUGCAGGGCAAACUGACCAGACUGGCUGUACAGAUCGGGAAGGCUGGUCUGAUCAUGUCGGCUGUGACCGUCAUCAUCCUCAUUCUCUACUUUGUGAUCGACACCUUCGGGAUCCAGGGCCGGGCCUGGGUGGCCGAGUGCACACCCAUUUACAUUCAGUAUUUCGUCAAGUUCUUCAUCAUCGGUGUGACUGUGCUGGUGGUGGCUGUUCCUGAAGGGCUGCCGCUCGCCGUCACCAUCUCUCUGGCCUACUCCGUCAAGAAAAUGAUGAAGGACAACAACCUGGUGCGCCACCUGGACGCCUGUGAGACCAUGGGUAACGCCACAGCCAUCUGCUCGGACAAGACGGGCACGCUGACCAUGAACCGCAUGACGGUGGUGCAGGCGUACAUCGGCGACACGCACUACAAAAGCGUCCCCGAACCCGAAGUUAUCAAACCAGAGACUCUGGAAGUUAUGAUCAACAGCAUCUCCAUCAACUCCGCAUACACCACCAAGAUCCUGCCUCCGGAGAAAGAAGGCGGCCUGCCUCGCCACGUGGGCAACAAGACGGAGUGCGCUCUGCUGGGCCUGGUGCUGGACCUGAAGAGGGACUACCAGCCAAUCAGAGAAGAGAUCCCAGAAGAGAAACUCUACAAGGUUUACACCUUCAACUCCUCCCGCAAAUCCAUGAGCACGGUGCUGAAGAACGCUGAUGGAGGCUUCCGCAUGUACAGCAAGGGAGCGUCAGAGAUCGUCCUGAGAAAAUGCUCUCGUAUCUUGGACGCCCAGGGUCAGCCUCGGGUCUUCAAGCCGAAGGACCGCGACGAGAUGGUGCGUAAGGUGAUUGAGCCGAUGGCGUGCGACGGGCUGAGGACCAUCUGCGUGGCUUACAGGGACUUCCCCGCCGAGGCCGGAGAGCCGAACUGGGACAACGAGAACGAAAUCCUGAACGAGCUCACCUGCAUCGUCGUGGUCGGCAUCGAGGACCCCGUCAGACCUGAGGUACCUGAGGCUAUUUCUAAGUGCCAGCGUGCAGGCAUCACUGUUCGUAUGGUCACCGGAGACAACAUCAACACCGCCCGCGCCAUCGCAACCAAGUGUGGCAUCCUGCUGCCCGGGGAGGACUUCCUGUGUCUGGAGGGUAAAGAGUUCAACAGGCAGAUCAGAAACGACCAGGGAGAGGUGGAACAAGAGCGUCUGGACAAAGUUUGGCCCAAACUUCGCGUUCUGGCUCGUUCCUCACCGACGGACAAACACACUCUGGUCAAAGGCAUCAUCGACAGCACGGUGGGUGAGACUCGGCAGGUGGUGGCAGUGACAGGUGACGGUACCAACGACGGCCCCGCCCUCAAGAAAGCUGAUGUUGGCUUUGCCAUGGGAAUCGCCGGCACAGACGUGGCAAAGGAGGCUUCUGACAUCAUCCUGACAGAUGACAACUUCACCAGCAUCGUCAAGGCCGUCAUGUGGGGAAGAAACGUCUACGACAGCAUCUCAAAGUUCCUGCAGUUUCAGCUGACCGUCAACGUGGUGGCCGUGAUCGUGGCGUUCACCGGCGCCUGCAUCACACAGGACUCUCCUCUGAAGGCCGUCCAAAUGCUCUGGGUCAACCUCAUCAUGGACACGCUGGCGUCUCUCGCUCUGGCCACCGAGCCGCCCACCGAGUCUCUGCUGCUGCGUAAACCGUACGGCCGCGACAAGCCUCUCAUCUCCAGGACCAUGAUGAAGAACAUCCUGGGCCACGCCGUGUACCAGCUCGUCAUCAUCUUCACCCUGCUCUUCGCUGGCGAGACGUUUUUCGACAUCGACAGCGGACGUAAUGCUCCCCUGCACUCGCCGCCUUCAGAGCACUACACCAUCGUGUUCAACGUGUUCGUCAUGAUGCAGCUCUUCAACGAAAUCAAUGCCAGGAAGAUCCACGGAGAGAGGAACGUGUUCGAGGGCGUCUACAGGAACCCCAUCUUCUGCAGCGUCGUGCUGGGCACCUUCGCCCUGCAGAUCAUCAUCGUCCAGUUCGGAGGGAAGCCGUUCUCCUGCACCGCUCUGACCAUCGACCAGUGGCUGUGGUGCGUGUUCAUCGGUGUGGGCGAGCUGCUGUGGGGACAGCUGAUCUCGGCCAUCCCCACCCACCACCUGAAGUUCCUGAAGGAGGCCGGUCACGGCAUCACGAAGGAGGAGAUCCACGAGGAGGAGCUGACGGAGGGAGCCGACGAGAUCGACCACGCUGAGAUGGAGCUGAGGAGAGGCCAGAUCCUCUGGUUCAGAGGUCUGAACCGCAUCCAGACGCAGAUUAAGGUGGUGAAUGCGUUCCGUAGCUCCCUGUACGCGGGGCUGGAGAGCCCAGAGUCCCGUAGCUCCAUCCACAGCUUCAUGGCCCAUCCUGAGUUCGUCCCCCAGUCCGAGGAGGAGGCUCGCAUCUCCACCAUCGAGGAGACUGGAGACGAGAUCGACCCCCUCCCCAGCGCCUCCUCUGGGGCGCAGGGAGGAGGAGAGCCGCCCAGCGCCUUCCCCAAGAGCUGCGAGUCAUCCAUCUGAUUUCCUCCUCCCUCCUCCUCCUCCUCCUCCUCCCUCCUCCCUCCUCUUUAUCAGCAUCAUCUGUCAUCCCACCAACCGAACUGUCGCACUGAGGAGGGAAGUCACUCUGCAUCCACUCAUCCUGCACACACACAUGCUUCACAUCGUCGUCACCCCCCUCAGUCAUUCCUGCCACGUUGUGUUUUUCAUACUGACUGUGGCGUCGCUCUGCCUGUAAGUUUGUCCCUCCGCCACCACACACGUGUCAGUAGAAGGUGGAGUCCAGAGGCUCCACCGUGGAAGUCUUUGUCCAUUCAUGUAUAUUUUUUACUUGAUUCUCCUUUUUUUGAAAAGCUUUUAAACUUUGUUGGGUUCGAUCUUUGCGGGACUCGCAGCAGCAUGUCGUGUUCUGUACUCGCUUCAUUCCUGCGUAACGCUCUCUCUCAAAAACGGCACAGAACUUUUCAAAGAGUGCAGUGAUUCUCAUGUACAUACGCUUCCCGCUCCUCUACACAGCUAACAGCCGGGUUUGGUGAUGAGAAGAUUUUUAGGCAAAUGCAAAAAUGUAACCUUUUUAUUUUGUUGUUGUUUGUUUGUUUUGAAAACAAAUGUUAAUUGAAGGCUGAUUCAAACUCCUGAGAAUGUCUUGUGGCUGCGGCACGACAGGUUCAACUGUUAAAAACAAUGUUCUUCCCUUUAUCGUGUCUGUAUGCGUUGGUUUUUUUCUUUAGCAGCUGUGUUGCAUGUGGAAGGACAGAAUGUUUACUACCCAACAAAUAUCCAACUCGGCGGCAUCCAGAGUGGGCUCGCGCUCUGCUCAGUGGGGGUCCGACCUCAUCUCAUCCAGUCAGGGUUCUGGUUCUCUCUGCCCCUCCCCCAGUACGUCCACAGUGUCGAUAGGAAACAGGAGUGCGGUUCCCCCCUUCAGUAGGAUGCAUGUUAUGUUUCAUUUGUGUUGAGUCGCAUGAUAAUCUAGGAAUGAAUAUUUGGGAUUCUGUUUAGACAACCAUGUAUGUGUUAGUCUGCAGUAGCGUCUGUUCGGAGCUCCGCUAACUUCCUGUCUGUAGGACUGAACUUCCUGUCACCACAACAGACUCAUCAAUACUCAUGUAGAGGAAACUGCAGCCGGGCUUUUAUUGCCUUGAAAUGCUCUUCUGCUCCAGAGCGGGUGUCUUAACUGUCUGCGUACAGUCCGAGUGGUCUUAAAUCUUUUACCAGCACACACUCAUGCAGGCUUGCAAAGGGGCUGGAUUGCAUCCCUGCUCACAUCGUGCGGAAGGUGAUAAGUUUACUCCCCAGUUGGCCGGUGGUGCCUUUCUUGCUGUUUUCACAGCACAGAUAGCUCGCAUGAAAUAAGGCCAACGUACGCUGGACGACUUGACAAGACAGACUGCAGCCUUACCUUCAACCUGAAAUCUUUCCGAUGACUCACCGCGUGGUCGGGAGUUGAGACCAGCCCACUCCGGUCCUCUUCUCGUUUGAACGAAUGUGCACUGAGCUCGCUGUUGGUUUCGAUUCAUUGAGGUUCAGAUGCAGAUAAAAUCUAAACCAGAAUUCGUCAGAGACGAUCGUCCAUCACGCUCUCAGACACAAACUUUUUUUUGCGUUCUUAUGUCCUUCCUCCCUCUCCGCUCCAAACAGGCGUAUAUCAGAUAAGACCCGCCCUCUUGAAGUAUUACACCAAUCAAAAAUGACAGCCUGUGACCGUGACACUGUGAGGCGACUCCCCGCUAAACACUGCCCCACUGUGCCGUCCUCGCAGAUGACCAAAUGUAUGUCACGUGGACCCUCACAGCGACCCCGAAAGUGUAACAUGGGUCAGAAUCGACGGAACAUUUCGCUCUCAUCUUUCAGGUUUGGACUCUCCAAACUGAACACCACUGCCGCAGGGUCACAAAUACUCAUGCCUUUGUCCAUUUUCAGCUUUUAUUUCGACCUCGGUUUCAGUGGUGCCAGAUUAAAGCCCCUUUUACACUACGGUGGACAGUUUUCUCACCUUUAAGCCAGAAGUAACAGCGUUGAAGUGAUGUCUGUGUACGAGGGACAGCCGACAGGACAGAACGGGAUGGGUUUGAUAUUUUGAGAGAUUUAAAAAGCAACAGUUAACAGCUAACUCAAAGAAGAAACGCAGCCAAAUAUGCCCGCAAAUUGGGGUGACAAUGAGAUCCAGUUGCUCCUUAAAUCAGAGCAGAGGGCGACCUCAACCGCCAUAUAACGGGACGGUAAAUGAUUAUUAUUGCCAUGUUAUGCCAUUGUUAUUGUUCAGAAAUCGCUGCCUGAGACGGACGCUUUUGUGUCUUUUGAUUCACAAAUAGAUCGCUGGCAUGCUUUCCAAAAUCACACACCAGGGCGGCAUUAUGCUGGCAUUUAGUUCUGUGUAAAAAAAGUGGCGCCAUUAUGGUACCUCUGUCUAAAAAGGGCUUAAGAAAGACCACCACAGCUCACUUUGUCCUCUUCCUGAACACAGUCUCAAGCUCUUCUCGUCUUGUUUCCAGACCAGAUUUGUAAGUGUGUUCUGGGUCUGCCGGGAGCAUCGUGGACACGUCCAGCAUCCAGUCGGUCAGAUAUUAAACAACCUCCACUGACGUCUUUCAGGCGGAGCUCAUGACCAUAGACGAGGGUUUGAACGCAGAUCGAGAGCUUCUGUCUCAGUUCGCAGAAUUCAGUACUUCAUACUUCGGUAUCAGUGAGUGUGUUUUUGGUCACUGUGCAGGAAGUCCAGUUCCACCAGACAGGAAGUUGAUGGAUCUCUGAACAGGGUCUGGACCGUCUGUCUGUGUUAAAGACAAAUCUUAGUACCAGUUCUGACAUUUUCGUUCCCUCGUUUGAAACUAAAUCCGCUGUCAGUUACAUCACGCGGCCAACAGCAGAAAAGGUGCGCGUCAUCAUCUCUCCGCUCUGCUGUGUUUCGAUUGACAGGCGUCAGUGUGGCGGCCACGCUGAGGUUCGUGGGAGACUGAUGAUGUCACCAGUCAGCCUGUAGAGUUAAAUCCACUGUGUGCCCCCGCUGCCGCUCAGUACUUCCUGCCCGCCGUUGUCCGCAGAUUACUGUCUUAAAAGAAGAAGGAAUCAUCUUCCAAUCAGAAGCAGCGACGCGUGUAAUCCCCUCUUAGUCUGACUAGCAGCCAUCAACCUAUCUACGAACUAGGACACGUUAUUGAAGUAAUGUGCUACUACUGCCAUAUUUCCAACUUUUUCGUCAUGACUAGGUUCUUCCUCUCCCCUCUGAUGAGCUUUUUCUAUGUAACUCAGAGCCAUAUUUUAUAGGUUGUCUGUAUUGUUUUUUAUCUCAUUGUUAUCGAGGUUUCCUUUGGACUUUCUCACCCCCCCUCUCCCUCCCCGGCCCUUUACUCCAAACACGACCAAAAAGCAAGGAGAAAAUCUUCAGUCGUCACUGCCGAACCAAGUUUAAAGGACCUCUACAAUGUUUACAUGAAAAGCAAGUGGGUGGCAGUUCGCCUGCGCUUCUCUCAUCCGACCACUUCCCUUUCAUUCCCUUGCUUUCCUGAAUCUUAGAGUUACUAUUUAACUAAAUGGGGAAUCUUUCUUGCAUGGUUUUCAUAUAAAAUUCAAUGUUUUGCUCAUUUUUUACAAUUCUUCUGUAUUUUUAUAUUAAGUACUUUUUAAUAUUUUGGAGAUAUAUGAAUAUAUAUGUAUAGGCUGAAGAGUUUGGUGACAGUACAGUACAGUACAUGAAUGAGAUGAAUCUAACGUGGACUCUGUCUUUUUACAGCUCUCUAAAUAUUUAUGCCACGUGUGUCGUCUUGGUCACCUGAUGUUAGGGCUCAGAAACCUGCAGUGACUUGUUUACUUCCUGUCGGCCGUUCAAUUGGGAUCUCAACAGUCGAGUGUCAUCAGCCCCCCUUUUACAUGAGUAUAUUCACUUUAUCUACGAUGUUGUGACACACUACACGCUAUGUGAUUUCGCAGUUAUCCAACUCCAUUAGAGUUCAGCCAAUGCAACGUGAAUACAGCUAACUGUAUCAAACAUUAAAUGGGAGUGUAUAAUUAUUUAUCCAACCUCUGGGUUUCUUUGUUUCUGUACUUUGAAGCUACAAUGACUGAUUUCUUUGAAUGAGUGGACUGAUGCUGUUUUCCAACUGACUGGUGUCGGAGCUGACGACUUUAAAGAGGACCACAGCUGUGUCCCGCUUCAGGCUCCGCCUCCUCGGAGGGGGCGUGGUCUAUGACAUCUUGUCUUACCAAAAACAAGCUCCGACCCCCUCACAUGGACCAAAACUUGUGAAAGUAACGAGGACCAAAGCAGAGCCGGCCCGAGUCUGAAACAAACCAGUUAGUUGCUUUGACCCAACUUCCUUGAACCCAACGUGCAUCUUUUUUAAUUUUCUAUUUUAUGGCUUUAAAUAUUUUAGUCCCGUCAUCCGACCCCCUCAAAUGGACCAAAACCUGAGAAAGCACCCUGAGGACCAAAGCAGAGCCGGCCUGAAUCUGAAAAAAACCAAUGAGGUCUCGAGGUCUUUGAAGUCACACGUGAAAAAAACUUCCUUGAACCCUCUUCUUUUUUUAACUGUUUCUCCUAAAACUUCCUAUGGCUUUGAAUAUUUUUGUUCCAUAUUAAGUCUAUGAAGUCUGAUCUCAAACGGGACUCAAGGUCAGUUUGAACCAGUCUGAGGAUAAUUGAACCCACAACAAAACCGGUGAGAGUAACCUGAGGACCAAAGCAGAGCCGGCCCGAAUCUGAAACAAACCUAUGAGCUGCUUUGAGCCUCAAAGUCUUUUAAGUGGACCCAUAAAAAAAAAAAAAAAAUCUACCAAAACUCAACGUGCAUCUUUUUUUUUUUUUUAACUGUUUCCCCUAAAACAUGGUAUGGCUUCAAAUAUCUUGGUCUCGUUGUAAGUCCAUGAACUUUGAUUCUAAAAGGGACUUAAGGUUAGUUUGAAGCAGUCCGAGGAUGACUGAACCUGCACCAAAAUGAGAUCCGACCCCUCAAAUGGACCAAAACUUGAGAAAGUAACCCGAGGCCUGGGCCGGCCCUGGAUCACGUGUCAUGUUGUCUAAAUUCAGGCCAAAGACAGAAAGGACACCACAUUUUUCUAUUCGGUCGUGAAAUUAAGACAUUAAAGGAGGCGGAGCCUGCGACGGGACACAGCUGCAGCUUCAGAUGUCAUCGCCAUUUUAUACAACUAACAAACUUCAGAAACAUUUCCCGGGAAGAGAGCAGGACUGUUAAAGCGCUCGUGACAUCUCUUCCUCUUCCUGCCGUGCGUCCCGUCGGCCACAAACGAGACGCACCUUUCCAAACGAUGACGCGUUUUGUUUUUGUUCAACUGCUGAAUCUGACAGAACACCUGUACAAUGUAAAUAUUGUCAUAUAAGUGAAUGAAGUGUACCUGCUGUCUGUGUCGGUGACAGGAAACGGGAGAGGGGGCAAUCAGCCAAUCAUCGCCCAGCAAAGCUUUAAGGAUGCUCUGCCAAAGUCGUUUUUAUCUCUUUUCUUCUUCGGCAAAAGUUUGUUUUAAGAAAGUUAGCAGUCACACGACCCCUCCCCCCUCCUCCCCGCUGCCUGGAUAAGAUUGUCCCUCUGCUUUCGCCACGGUCGUUCUGUGGCUGUGGUGGUCGUCUGUUGGACUGGUUGGACUGGUUGGACUGGUUGCCCUCACAUCUCAUGCCAGGUGCGCAGUGCAGCCUCGCCAUCAGAGACGCUCCAGACCUGUUUGUGCUUCUGGUUUUUCGACACUCAGCAGCGGACUGCAAACAUUCACCUGGUUUAAGUUCUCUGAGGGUUCGUUUUUUGUUUUUGUUUGUUUGUUUUUAUUUUUUUGGAGUUCAUAAGAUCUCCAAUAGGACUUCUGUAUGGAAAAGGAACUCGCUUCUUAUCCAGUCAUUGUUGCAUUUUGACUGCUUCCUCUUCAGAGCACUGCCUUUUUCUCAGAACAGCUUCCUGUUGUCGGAUCUUAAGGAUUUCUUUGGAGAACCUUCACGUCCACUUCAACAUCCACAAAUAAAAAAAAAAAAGAAAAAGGUUCAAACGAACUGGAAUAUCACAGUUGGAAAAGUCAUAACCACUCAACAUAUAUAUCUGUAUAUUUAUAUAUUAUCUCUAUAUAUUUAUAUCUAGUAUAGAUACAUGGAGAUAUAUAUACCUAUAUGGUUUCUCAGUUGAACUUUAUUGCAAAAAAGACUGAAAAAGAUUUGUUUUCUGUAAUUACUAUGAUACACAGUAAUAGGCGUUGGUGUUAUUUUUGUAUAAACAUAAUAUCAUCUAUGUGGCAUGCAUGACAUAUAUACAGAAUUUGGUGGUUUAAAGCAAUAUGUCCAACCUGGUGCGAUUGGUUCUGUCGUGUUCUGUGUAGCCUAAAGCCACUCUGUGCGAAAAGAGAUAAAAAAAUAACAACAAAAAACAAAAAAAGAGAAACUGCAUUUGGAUAAAACUAACUGUUCAGUAUAUGUGUUCAAUGUUCUGUGUUCUGCAUGUUUUAGUAUGGAAUGAAACAUCCCAAAAUGUUGACUUGUUUUUAACCAAAUGAAUCUGAGACACACGCCCCGAACACACGCAACAUGACACACAGAGACACACGCACACACACACUCAUGUAUUUGCACUGUGAGGUGAAACACACUGAGGAAAUUAAAACUGUGUGACUUCUGAUGGAUGGAUUGAUGAAA